CCCGAGUUCCACAUCCCGCCAAAAACUGAAAAAGCUGUUCUGUUCAGGCGGUUCGCUCGCACGGCACACGUUCAGAACCGGGCUUGUUUCCAGUCAAGUUUCUAUUUCUCAAGCCUUCUGUUUGCAAAGAUAUAGCGAUAACAAGAGCAGGUUAGCUUUUGGUGGUUGUAGCUUAGAUGCCAGGCCAGACCAGCUUCUCGUUCUUUACCCGGGGAUCCAAAACAUCACAUUACUAAGGAAACUCGGAGCACUGGGGUGCAUACUGUACCCUUCCUUGUCGGCGCUUUACAGUACUCGUAGAGUACUCGGUGACCGAACAUAGACCCAAAACCCUACUGCCGCAACACACUCGAACUGUUCUCGCGAGAUGCAUAUUUUAGAGUAGAGAAGAGUCGGUUAGCUUUCAGGCGUAUUUUAGCCAGUAGGUAUAAUUAGGUAAUGAGGCUGAUUUACGCUGUUGAGACCUCAUCGACAGUCAUCCACAAGUUAUCACCCGGAUAUCCCACCUUGUCUCCCCUGUCAUCCGCACCCACAUGGACUUAGACAACUGAUGAACAUGGAGUUCACCUACAUCUGCGUGCUCAUGCGGUACGAAUAAUCCUUGGCCUGGUGUCCCAUUUCCGUGACCAACAGAGCCAUAAUGCCGGGUCCUACAAAACGACCCAAAUUCUACAAACAGUAUGGCACCACUGGGAAAGUCCCGCCGCGGUCGGCUAGCAGGUUUAGAAAGAAACUCAGAGACAGAGUCGCCGAGAGCCUUGCGGAGAUGCGCAAAGAUUAUGAAUAUGACUCAGACGACAGCGACAUCGGGGAGACACCGCCCGGUGCCUUUUACCACCUGGAAACAGAACUCACGCGUAUAUCAACUGCAAGUCUAGAACACCAAGAUAGUUCUGAAGAAAGUUCAGGAGAGUCAAGCUCUAGUGAGGACUCAAGCGCAUACGACACAUGCUCCAGUUGUGAUUAUUUUGAGUCAAGUUCUGAAGACUCAGAAGACUCAGAUAUUGAAAUGGACGAUUUGUGGAGGGAGGAGUCACCUGAAGAUUUGACAUUUGAGAGAAAUCUAUUGGAGUUUGGUGGGGAUUUAUACCCAGGAUCACCAGUAACAACAGGAGAGGCCAACACUCUCAUUAUGAUGUAUGCAUUGAAGCAUAAUCUUUCCACAGUUGCCCUUGACGACCUGAUGAAGCUAUUGAAUGCCAUCUGUUCCAAACCCAACAAUAUGCUUUCAUCCGCCUACAAGAUCAAGCAAUUUUUUUCUGACAAUUUAUACCGCGAUGGCAGACCAAUUGUUCAUCAAUGCUGUUCCACCUGCCAUGCUAUGUUUGAACAAGGUCAAACAACAUGCAACAGGAAUGGAUGUGACCGCAGUGCCCCUCCUACUGACUUCUACCACCUGGACAUAAUACCACAACUGAAGAGGUUCUUUGCAGAUCCUAUGUUCAGGGACAACUUGGAGUGGAAGAACCAGCACAGAGAAGCCCAUGUCAUAAAGGACAUCUAUGAUGGUCAGGAGUACAGGAAACUGACCAGACGUGGUGGCUUUUUACACAAGAGUGGAAACAUCACAUUUUGCCUCAACACUGAUGGUGUUUCCAUCUAUGGCUGCAGUAGCAAGGGUUCUCUCUGGCCAGUUUAUUUGGCUGUGAAUGAGCUACCUCCACAUCUAAGGUUCACAAAGAAGUACUUAAUUCUAUGUGGAUUUUGGCUCAAUGCAUCAAAACCUAAAAUGACAACAUUUUUGAAGCCACUGAUGGAGCAGUUAAACAGGAUAUAUACUGAAGGAUUCCAAGUAAAAGAUGCAAAAGGAAAGGAAUGCACCGUUCGAGGGAUGUUGAUGAUGGCCACUGUGGACCUACAGGCCAAAGCCAUUUGUAUGAUGAUGAAGCAGUACAAUGGAGAAUAUGGCUGCCAUAAUUGUGAAGACCCAGGCAAAGCCUUAGGAAGGGGACAUCGUGUGUGGCCAUAUGUGGAGGUAUCUACAAUGCGGACACAUGAGUCGAUUAUAGAAUGUGGAUGCCGCAGCGUAGCCAAGAGGAAACCGGUAAUGGGGGUGAAGGGUGCUAGUGCCUUUCUAAUCCAUGAGCCGUUCAACAUGGCGACUGGGUUCCCACCAGAUUACAUGCAUGAACUUCUGCUGGGAGUAGUCAAGACUAUACUGGACCUGUGGCUGUCUCCAAGUCAUAAUAGGGAAGAUUUCUACAUUGGAGGAAUGAUAUCUACCCUGAGUGAACGCAUGCAAGCCCUGAAGGUGCCAGACACGAUUCCACGUCGUCCAAGGAGUUUAGCAGAAAGGCACCACUGGAAAGCAAGUGAAUUGCGCUCGUGGCUGCUGUUCUUCUCCCUACCACUCCUGCGUGACGUCCUUCCCACAGAGUACUUUGCCCACUACUGUCUUCUUGUAAAAGCUGUGUCCAAACUCCUCAGUGACAGGAUCAGUCCCGCUGACUUACAGCUCGCUGACCAGCAGUUAGACAUCUUUUGCAAGAGAUUUGAAGACUUGUAUGGAGAAAGAUCACAAACAAUGAAUAUGCACCUGUUGAGGCACUUGGCACACUACACCAGGCUCCUUGGACCCCUGUGGGCAUUCAGCUGUUUUGGAUUUGAAGGCAUGAAUGGUCAAUUGAGAAGAAUGCUCCACGGAACCCGGUUUAUCGUAACACAGAUCACAUCCACCCUAGCCAUUACUCCUGGUCUCCAGCGUCUAGGACGGGCAAUGGCCAUCAGGAGAGAACCAGACCAGGUGUUGAAACUGGCACAGAAGCUGACAUCCAACAAUCGAAGAGCAAAGACAAUCAAACUUGCGCCAGGUAUCUUUGUACUGGGAAGUAUAAAGCCUCGCCCUCUAAAUGCCCCUGUUGAAGAUGCGGUCAAGGCCUGUCUGCGGAGAAUGGGGAAAGACAUAGAUGACGUGGAAGCUCAGGUCUUCUAUCGCCUGGAGCUACAAGGUAUCACCAUGUAUUCGUCAGAUUAUAACAGAGAGAACCGUAGUAAUAAUAGGACUGUAGAGUACAGAGAUGGUGGCAGUAUUUGCUUUGGAGAGAUUGUGCUUUUCUGUUGUACACAUGGUGAGACCUUGGCUGUUCUUAGAAGUUUUUUGGAGGUAGGGACUCAGCUUGUCAGUACAAGAGCUCCCCUAUAG